CUGAAAGAUGGCGGCUGAUAUUGUUACGGCGGAAUCGGCGAAAUGAUUUCAUGUAGGUUGCAUCCUGAUCAUAGGAUUAAUAGCCUUAAAACAGGCAUAAAUCGCAUGCAGGUACAGAGUCAUCUCCAGGGGAAAACAUCUACAUGUACCAUGUGAUUUCCGCUGCCAGAUCUGCCUCUGUUUUCAAGAUGCCACUGGGUCAGGGACCUUAGUGAGCUCCACAACAUCAGUACGUCUUACUGGUACCUGAUCAGCAGAAGAGCCAUCCCUAGGAGUGUUCUCACAACAAUGUUUGCAGUGGUCCCACCUCUACUUCGACUUUUGCCUACCAUUGUGAUAUCUGUGGUUUAUGUCUCAGCUGGAGCAGAACCUGUCAAGAUAAUUGGGAAGGCAGAAGGCAGUGUAUUCAUUCCGUGUCGUGUGAUGACCAAUAACAAAAGUGGCGGGAUCAUGUGGUAUAAAGAUGGAGCUUUUAUGGUAUCGUUCACUCCAAGUACCAAGAAGAAGGCGUUUGCGGACCAAACUCUGUCAUUGCGUCUUUCCAUAGAUACGGCCGGACUGAAUUUGACUGACCUGGCCAUAAAUGACUCUGGGAACUAUACAUGUAAGGUUGUGAUGCCCGUUCUCAAACCAGAUGAUCGGUCCAUUUUGGAAGAGAAUAGUACCAAGAUCCUUUUGGUACAAGAUGUUCCUGCUGCCCCAGACAAGCCAAACAUAACCGACAUUAAGUCCCGCUCAAUGGUAGUGACCUGGUCACUCGACAUUAAUGACAACAACAGCCCUAUCACUACCUUUUUCAUUCAGAUCAGGUCGAACGGCAGUCCAUCAUGGAGCGAUGGACGACAGUUAAUGGUUCCAAAGGGUACAUCGCGCCUCACAAUACGUGAGUUGUUUCCCUAUACGCGGUACCAGGUGCGUGUAUCGGCCAGGAACAUUGUUGGAAAAGGUCCACCAAGUGAACCCACAGAUUACACGUACACCAAAUCUGAAAAGCCUGGUGCCGCUCCACAGAUAACAGAUAUAAAAAGCCCAACUAACAGCACGAUUGAGCUAGUAUGGAAGCCACUAAAACCAGAGAAUGUGAAUGGGGUGUUGAAGAGUUACCAGAUUGUGUAUGGGAUACUUGGGGCAAAGGAGGUACAGGUGAACACGAUACAGGACCCAAACCAAACAUCGGCUGUGAUCACAGACCUGAAGCCUUACACUGAUUAUCAGAUACAGUUAUCUGCGCAGAAUGAUAUGGGCGAAAGUCCCAGUUCCAGAGCUAUUCUCAAAACAGCAGAGGGAAUUCCAGGCAAACCUCGAAUUACCCAUGUCUCCGAGAGAACUCCCAACUCCUUUCUUAUACACUGGGAACCACCUGAUGUUCUCAAUGGUAAAUUACGAGGCUACGAACUGCGUUGGAUUCAGAAUGGCACAACUCUUAAUCGUUUACUCACCGGCGCCCUGACGAACCCCAUGUUGGCUAGGAUUGAUGACCUUGAACCAUACACACAGUAUCAGAUUAAAGUGGCUGCCUCAACAGUGGCGGGCAGAGGGGAGUAUUCAGAUAUGUACCCAGCUCUAACAGAUGUAGACGAGCCAAGUGCCCCUCGGAUAUCCAAUGUCACAGUUCUCUCUCCUAAAAGUGUCUUCAUUCAGUGGGAGCGACCUCAGAUUGUCUACAAGCAGAUUGAUAAAUAUGUGAUUGAGUAUAAGGCAGAAGGAGAUAAGAGAUAUAAUCCCAGACACACCUCAGAUGGAUUUGUCACUGAGCAUAUAUUACAAGACCUGCAGACAAACCGCAAAUAUGAGGUGACAGUUUCUGGUAUAACAAACAGCAUUUUCUCCAAGACUCUUUACCUUGGUAAAGCAUCUCAACCUGUCUGUGUCAAACUGACAGACCCAGACAUGGUAUCAAGCAAGAAAGACACCAAUAUUACAGCCGGAAUUGUUGCAGGCCUUGUGGCUCCAGGUGUGGUGUUAAUAGUAGUGGUGGCUCUUAUAGGGAAAAGGACUCUUCUGUGCAGGAGGUUCUACCGUGCAGCCUACUAUCAUCCAGGGGAGGCAAAUGCUAAACAAACUACCCCCUCUACUAUUGUCACUGUGGAUGAAACAUAUGAGGAAGCCGAUUACCCUGACAUCAAGGUGGAGUGUUUUGCUGAGCAUGUGGAGAAAAUGCAUGCAGACAGUGGAAUAGGCUAUGCUCAAGAAUUUGAGGAUAUAAACAAGCACACUAGAGUAGAUUUAAAGUCAGAGAACUCUGCCCUGCCAGAGAACAAACUUAAAAACAGAUACAUCAACAUUGCAGCAUUUGACCACACUCGAGUAAUCUUGAAGCCCAAUCCAGGGAGGGCCAAACAUUCUGACUACAUAAAUGCCAACUAUAUAGAUGGGUAUGAGAAGCCUAAAGCUUACAUAGCAGCACAGGGUCCCCUCCAGCAAACAUUUGCUGACUUCUGGCGGAUGGUUUGGGAACAGCAUUCCUUAGUGAUCAUCAUGAUAACUAACCUAAUGGAGAGGGGAAGGAGGAAAUGUGACCAAUAUUGGCCCACGGAAGGGGUAGAGAUGUACGGUACCAUGUCUGUCAAACUGCUCAAUGCUUACUCCAGGGCACACUACACUGUCCGCAUUUUCUCAUUGCGAAAUCUGAGAAUAAAAAAGAAACAUUCGGCGGAGCGUGUGGUGUAUCAGUAUCACUACACCGAAUGGCCAGACCAUGGAGUCCCAGACUUUACUCUUCCUGUGCUGAAGUUUGUUCGCAAGUCCGCCCAAUCCAACCCUGAACAUUCCGGGCCAAUGGUCAUUCACUGCAGUGCUGGAGUUGGUCGGACUGGUACCUACAUACUGAUAGACAGCAUGAUGGCUCAAAUCAAAGACAAGGGCACUGUUAACGUUCCAAACUUCCUUCUCCAUAUCCGUCAACAGAGGAACUACUUAGUUCAAACGGAGGACCAGUAUACAUUUAUUCAUGAUGUCUUGUUAGAGUACAUACAUAAUGGAGGAGACACUGAAAUAGUAACCCACAAUCUAUCACACUUCGUGGAAAACCUGGAUCAGAAGAAUGAGAAGGGGGAAGUAACUCUAGACAAGCAGUAUAAACUUGUCACAGCUUUCAAAGCAAAGGAAUUUGACUACUCUGUUGCUCUGGAGCCAUUCAAUCAUGAUAAGAAUCGCAACAAGGACUUCUUACCUGUUAACUUAAAGAGGGUUCCCUUACCCAUCAAGGCAGGUGUGGAGGGCUCUGACUACAUCAAUGCUUCUUACUUACAAGGUUUUCACAAGACGGAUGAGUUUAUCAUCACCCAGCAUCCGAUGUCUUCCACCGUGAAUGAUUUCUGGCGAAUGGUCUGGGACCAGAACAGCUCUGCCAUAGUUCUCCUCUCCUUGGUUGAUGCUGAGGAGUAUAAGAAGUUUUGGCCUGACAAGGAGACUCCACUGGAAGGUGACACUGGCCACUUCAAGGUUACACUACGAGAGGAGAAUCACCUGUUAAAUUACGUCACUAGAGACUUCAUAUUGGAGUCCACUCAGGAUGACUAUGUGCUGAUGACAAGGGUUUUCUCCACUAGCUACUGGCCAGAGAGCUGCACUCCACUGCACAUGGCCUUUGAGUUUAUUCGCACAGUACGUGACUGGUACACUGAAAAUGACACUGGCCCUGUCACAGUUAUAGACAGGUUUGGUGGAGUGCAAGCUGGGACAUUUUGUGCCCUGUGGACGCUGUUUGACCAGAUGACUAAUGAUGCGUCUGUCGAUGUGUAUCAGCUGGCUAAGCUGUAUCAUCUCAAACGUCCAGGAGUGGUUGGGACACGGGAGGACUACUUUUUCCUUUAUAAAGCCAUUGAUGCUUUGUACCAGGAUAUUAUGGAAAAGGAAUCUCAGUCGGGCAUCCGCCAUCUAGGGGUGUCUGGGAGGGGCAAUCAAGAUCGGGAUUAUCAUAGCCUUGGCUCUAGGCACCAGCCUAUUCGCAAUGGCUCCCUUCCACGCUCUAGAUCACACAUGGCAAAAAUGGAGACCAAGAUUUGAGGCUUAGCCUCACUGCACAUCCGUUUCCCCAAAUCCCAGAGUGUGUUAUAUGUACAUGUGUUGCGUAUUACAUAGUCUAUGUUUCCACCCGAGUAGUAUUUAUAUAUUUACAAGUAUAAACAUAAUUAGAUGUAUGGGAUCUAGAGAACUGAAGCUGCUGGUGUAGAGUAAUCCAGUUCUUUGGGUGAUCUUGACAGGGUGACCAGGGAGAGCCCUUAAGAAGCUAUGGAGUGGCCAUAAAGAUGAUCAGAGCUGUGUGCUCUGGCUCUUUUACCCUCUCACAUCAAGAUCAUCAUCUGUUGGAAACAAAAUUUGUGCUGAUUGUGAAACUACAGAGAGAUAAGCUACCCAGGUUAAAGCUGCAGUGUAUAGUAAGUGCCAGAGUUGAAUGCACAUGUACAUAGUCCAUCCAGCAGUAAGUGAUUGUUACAUCUGAGAUCUACCUUCUUGCCGGAACUGACGGAAGUUGGAGUUGUUUGUUGGAGCUUUUCAACUGUACUUUGUGACUAGUGCUAUGAGAGUUUGCCCUAGUACAUGUGUACCAUGAUGACAGUUGCCAGAUCAACACAGUUCUCCAUACAUGUACAUUGUAAUAGUUGCCUAAUUUGUGCAAUAUAUGUAUUUUGCUACAUGUACACGCGUUUGUCAAAGCAAUGUCUGGUUGUAUCUCAGAUGACACACAUGUCUUACUUAGGUACCUGGAGUGCUAAACAUGUACAGGUAUGUAAUAAAGCAGCCAUCUGAUGAGUGGUAAACCAGCAGACUGACCUCUCAGACUGACUCACCUUGCUCAGGUGUGGUGUGUGCAAGAAGGUAUGGUUUUGCCACACUUUUUUAUUAUCUGAGGGAAAGUAUUUUAGGUGAAAAUACAUGUAAGGUUGACAUAAAUUUACAUAAAUGUAUCAUUUCUACCAUCAUGUCAGCAGGUUCAGCAGACUGCUCGCUUUGGCUUGGACCCUUUUUGAAAUGGUCAGACUACAGUGAUAGUGUAUAUGUGUGUGUGUAUGCUCAAGAUGAAGUGGUCUCAGUGAAUAAUUGUGUAACUCUACUUGUGAGUCUGGUUGUUCAAAUGUUUAUAAAUAACUUAACACUAGUGUUACAUAAAUCAUAUUUAAUGCCAUCUUUUUUAGACUGUCAAAAUUACUGGUUAAAGUUGACAUUAGCUUUAUCCAAUUACAUGAAAUAAUGUGCUCACAGAAACAGUUUGAGAAGGAAAGAGUGAAUGCUUGUUUGAACAACUGGCCCUAUAUCUUGAUGGAUGUUGAUAAUUGUAUACAUUAAUCAUUUCACAAAACCAUUUUCUGCCAUUUUAGAUACUUGUGAAAGUCUCCUACAUGGGAUUGGGGAAACUAAAAAGUAAUACUUGCAACUGUAAGCUUAAACAUUAACUCAUGGUGGUUGUUACCGUUUGUGUUAAUUACAAAUGGACCUAUUGCACACAGGAGAAUCUCAGCAGGUAGCUUUACAUGUACACCUUUACAUUUACCUGUGUUACACUUGUGAUCCUCAGAAUACCGUAAACUCAUAUUGGAAUUUAAAUCUCCUUGUCUUGUUAAAUAUUGUUACAACUUACAAAAUCAAACCUGAGAUGUGUUAUCAGCUUGUCCAAUGCCUGUUGAAAUGUUAGUAAUAUCAGUGUGAGUUCAUUUUCGUGAUAUUCACACUACUCCAUAUGCUCAUUUUUAAGGUAUGUGUGUGUUUUAUACAGAGACAGGUGUACUGCAUGAUUGAUGCACAUGUUCUGUCUGACCUGUACAUGUAUGUGACGAUCUGCCUGAUAACAGGCACUGUAGGGUAUAGAUCACACCUGUACAUCAUUACACACACAGGAAAGGCUUCAUACAUAUCAUUGUACAUUGUUUGUGUAGUGAUGUGUGUUCCAAGCACACUUUAGCACUGGGGAUUAUUUACCCUUUAUUAGUACGAAUCCACUGAUCCCUGUGUUCAUAGCUUCAGUUUUGUUAAUGUGAACUGUUCUUUGAGACAAGCGCAUUGAAUGGUCCUGCCAUCUGCUAGAUUACCAAAUUGGGUCCAUCUGUUCAAAAUUGUGCCAAGAGUUGAUACUAAACUAGGCCUGAGAUCUGUUUCAUUCUUCCUAACUUAGUUUUCAGAAACAAUGUGGAAGCUAGGAACAUGGCCACUUGAUGUAAGAUCUAAUACCAUGCCUGCUUCUAAAAGGUGUAAGAUGUUCUUUUAGAUUAGUAGCACACGCUGUCGACUUAGUUAUCAUUGUUUGUUACACGAUUCACUUCAGAGCAACUUUCCUGCAAUGUCAUGCAAUAAAACCAUAAUUCUUGAGUAAGGCACAAACCACCCAUGAAAAGAAAUAUAUGAAUUCUUACUUUUGUGUGUUUUCUCACAUUUGCUGAGGACAUGUAAAAAAUUAUUUUUUAGCUCGUUUUACGAAGUAAGGGGGGAUCAGAUGCUGUCAGCAGCAGUGUUGGUGUCCAGUUUGGUUAAAGUUUUUGGCCAAUCAUGUGGUUGCAACGGUCACCCAUCGUACCCAGGUAGCCAGUGAUAGGUAGCAAUCUGAUUAACAAAGCCCAAGGAAGUCUUUUACUUCGUAGCUCAACAUUUUGCUCAGCUACUCACAGGGUUGCAAUUGCCUCACAUAGUACAUGGAUUGCCAAAUGCAGUUCAAAGGCCUCCAUGGUAAAGUUGAGCGCUUAACUCCCCGUGGUGUCUUUUUACCACCACAAUGAUUUACAACUCCAUAAUGUAUGAAGUCACUGCUCUGCGUAUGGCAGUGUUUUUGGUUUAGAGGACAGUAUUUGAAUUUAUCACAUGACUUAAACAUUAUGCAGUUUUACAAACUGCUCAAUCAGGCGAGUUGCUGGUAUUCCCUGAAUGUCUUGUUUUUUUAAUGUUUCUUUUUAACAAACUUGUCUGAUAUUUGUUUAAUAGGUUAAGAUGCUAGAAUGAAAUGGGCAUAUUGUACCCAUUCACUAAUUUAAAAAGUUUUCUUUUUUCGUGUUAUUUCAGUGGAAACCGUUGACAAGUACUCUAAAUCUACUUCUGAUUUCGUUAAAAUAGUUCAGUGCAUCUCGUCACAUGUGCAUGUAGUGAUCAUAUCAAGUAUUUAGGAAAUAUCUCAGAGGCUUCAACGAAAACUUCAUGGAGAGGAAAAAUAUUUUUAUUUUUUUAAUCAAGUUGCUCAGUUUAAGGGUAACACAAAAUUCACAGACAAAUGGUUUCCGUCAUUUUGUUUGCAAUACAUUUUAAUGCUUUCUAUGGUAUGUGAAGUUAUGUUUAAAUGACUAAUUUUCUGAUUAUGGUUUAUCCUUUUAAUAGUUUUGUUAUUUAUCAUUAUGGCAACAGCAAUAUAUACUCAAAACAAAAUAUAGAUGUACCAUUUCUUUAUACAAAAACUGUUUCUAUUUUUCAUAUAUGUGUCAACUGUGUCUAGUCUAUAUUUUGUAUUAUGUAGCUAUACUAACCCAGCUGCGUUAUUCUGUCCUGUGUCUGUACUCUUACAUAGUGAAUGCUACAAUACAUGUACAUGCACAUACACUGCAUAUGUCCCUGCUCUACUGUGGUACAUUUGGCUGGCCAAAAUGAGAUAGUCCCUUUACUUAGUAACACCCUCUGUUGUCUUAGAACAAGUGUUUUAAUAAGUAUAUCUGUACGUACUUUUAAUGUAGAGGUAUGAAUUAUGAUGAAAUUUUUACGGUGCUUUUCUGACUAACUUCAGACAAGCUGUGUGGAUUUGUGUUCACAUGUUGGUCAUAGCUAUAUACACAGACUUAACUGAGGCUGUUAAAAGGCUUGUAUGGUAGCGUCUGUGAUUAAACUUCGAUCCACGGUGAAGAACUUUCUAUUAGGGCUUACCUGUAUGUUUUUGAUGUCCCAUUUAUAGCUUUCAGUUUACUUAAGUGACAUCUUUGCCCCUUGGUUGUGUGAAGAGAUUGAAUGGAAGUUUUUCUGUGAUCACCUGACACCCAGGUGACCAUGUGUGCAUGAUCAUUUGGUGUGGAUGCAAUAAUAGGCCCAACCCUUCAGAAUAAAAUUUUAUCGACAGCACCAUUUCAGAAUAAAAAAAUACAUAUAUACAUUAAUAUUAGGUGUAUCAUGGUAUAAAUUAGACACAUACACAGUGUGUACUUGUAAUGAAUUAUUAGCCUUGAUACGUAAGCUGGCCAGAGUGUACUAAAUUGCUGAGCAGGCAAAAGCAUUUAUAGUGAUGCAAAUCUACUUGUUGUGAAAGUAUUGAAGUUUAAGAUGCCAACGGAACCUGCAGAACCAUUCAUCAGAAAGAAAUUACGUUUUCGAGAGACAGUAAAUUCACACUAAAACUGCACAUGAUUACACCUGGUGUAUAUGGAUAUAAUUCUGGACACACUUUAAUCGGUAGACAAAAUACAAUGACUUCUGUUCUUAUUAGAGUGGCCAACCCAGCCACUGUGGUAUUAUCCCAACAACCAAAUUACGUUGCGUUCAAAUUUGCCCCAUUCCAGUUACGGUUGGCUCGACAUUUGCUGGUAUUGUACACGGGGAUCUUAUCGGUAAUAAGUUAAGCGUGGAGAUAACUGAUAUUCUGUGUAGCAGUGUAAAGUUUUAAGCCUGCUAAGCUAAUUGACGUGUGACUGUGCGGAUAAACGAAUUUAGUACAUCCGUUGUUAUGAGUAUUGUGUCUCUGUGUUCUUCGAAUAUUUUACCGUCAACGUUUUAACAAUGUUUUUGUAUUCAGUCCUUGUAUUAAAUGUCAUAUAUAUUAGGUGGAUUUACUUAUGUGGCUGAACUUUAUGAUAUUUUUUACGAAAUACACAGAUCUGCUGAUCCCCCGUACAUUUGUUUUUGUUGUGUAUAAAUAAGUUGCAUGUAGGUGUGUACUUAUUUCAUGGUCU